AUGUUUAUAUCUAUCUAUCUAUGGUAUGCUCAUAUCUCUCUAUCUAUCUAUCUUACAAGGUAUGAUCAUAUCUAUCUACCAAUCUAUCUUACAAGGUAUGAUCAUAUCUAUCUAUCUAUCUAUCUUACAAGGUAUGAUCAUAUCUAUCUAUCUAUCUAUCUAUCUAUCUUACAACGUAUGAUCAUAACUAUCUAUCUAUGGUAUGUUCAUGUUUAUAUCCAUCUAUCUAUGGUAUGCUCAUAUCUAUCUAUCUAUCAUAAUCUGCUCAUAUCUAUCUAUCAUGAUCUGCUUACGACUGUCAAUUUAUCAUGGUCUGCUCAUAACUAUCUAUUUAUCUAUCAUGGCCUGUUCAUAUCUAUGUAUCUAUCUAUUCUAUCGAGUGAAGAGAAAUGUGACUGUAAUCAACUGUCUAUUUUGCAAUACACGCACGCGCAUACGCAUGCGUACAGAUCAGCUCUUUCAUUCCCUCCCACUAUCGGUUUCUGUCGCUCACUUCUCCCUGACAUUUUCUCUCUCUCCUUUUCAUCAGUUUCCCUCACUACCGACAUGAAUAAUAACACAGCCAUCGAACUGUAUCAGUUUUCGUAUCUAUUUUUCUUUCUUUUUUUUUGUUUCCUCUUGUGUUCUCAGUUUCUACUCAGCAUAUUUUCUUCGUCUCCCUCCUCCACUCUCUGCUUAUCUGUCUCUCACUGUCUCUCGUUUGUUAUCAUUUCUCCCCUGUUUCGUUAA